AUGAACCGGAACCCGCCUCUCAUUUUCGGCCGAGGCGUAAACGUGGUCCUAACGGGAAGUUACGCUUGCGAUAUAGACAGGGUAGUUAUUUACAAAAACCCCAAAGUUACUAACAUUCACACCCGCCAAUCAUCGAAAUGUGGAAAAUUCGGUGUUGGCCACUUGAAAUCCCGCCUGGACGGAUUCUUCAGGGCAAGAGAGGUUUUUUUCGCCCCCCUCACUGGAACCUCAACUGGCAUUUUUGCUGCGAACAAAGGCGAAUUGGCUGUCGGAUUCCCAGCAGAACGGUCCAACCUACAUAGUACGCAGCUGGACCCGACAGUCAGGCGGUAUGCGAUCCUGAGGUACUUUCACCCAUCCGCGUGGGGGGGAAUCAUGGCUUGCUCCAAUCACAAGUACAGUAUACAGCCCGACCGCUAG